AUGGAGUUGAAUAUUCAUGACGGUACGGUCCGAGACGUGAUAUUCAUGGAGGAUACUGUGAAUCGUUCAACUGUGCUUGUUUCUGGAGGUGCCGGAAACUGUAAAAUACAUCUGACUGAUUGCGCUACUGGACAAACCUUCACCUCGUAUCAAGGCCAUACCGGUCGGUUGCUUUUGUUCUUUGUUUGUUUCCUUUUCAUUUGUUCCGAGAAAUUAUUAGAAUACAGUUAUAUCAACGUGAGUUCAGCGCCGAUUCUUGGUUUGUACACGUGGGGCAGUGGAUCGUCUAUUGCAUGUGCACCAGUAACGUCGGUGUGUGUCGAUCCGGGGGGUAAGCUGCUGGUAUCGGGACAUGAGGACGCAUCGGUGAUGUUGUAUGAUAUCAGCGGGUCUAGAGUCGUGCAGAUAUUCAGACCGCAUGCGGAUGAAGUGAGAACGGUUCGAUUCAGUAAUGCUGCUUACUAUCUNCCAGUUGCUGAACACAACGAUAAAGUUAUUCAGUGCAGAUGGCAUCCUCACGACUUCUCGUUCUUGAGCACAAGCGCAGAUCGAACGGCUAUUCUAUGGUCGUUACCACCCCCACCAUCUUUUCAGUGA